GCUUCUUUGUAAGCUCCGUGAAGGGCGCCCGCACGCUCUCGCCAGCAUCUUAUCCCCAAUCAUACCAUGCCGUCUUUAGACGAGACGAAGGAGAUGCCUUCGUCGGCACAGCUACCGCCCGAGAUCAUUCUACUCGUGUGUCAAGAGCUUGCUGCAGACCGUGCGCUUGGCACUCUGUACCACCUGGCCCUGACGGCGAGCACCGUGGCACCGAUCGCCCUGGAGCAGCUGUACAGCCUGUAUGACAUUUCACCUGCGAUCCUGGGCACUUAUGGCAAGCGAGCAUGGGGGACCCGGUGGAGGUCCAUUCUCAUGUCCACGAAAGGUCGCACAGCAUAUCCAUAUGCGGCCUAUCUCCGGACACUAUCUCUAGGCGGCAAUCUAGACGAUGUCCUCAGCGAGAUGCUUGGGGACAAAACAGUCCGCCAGGCGUUCUUUGCUCCCCCGCUCGAAGGCUUGUUGUGCCUCUGGAACGAUGCCACCCGAGCGCAGAGGCAUACCAGGGCGUACGGGCUUCCGCGGAUUGACCAUGCGGUCACGGUGAGCCGCUGUGGCGAGGCUAUCAUCGAGUAUAUUGAGAAGCUCGCACGGGAGAGCGACGUCAAGGUGGCUCUUGCCCACCUUGAAACCAAUUCCGUGCCCUCGGGGGUGCUGUCUGCUUGGUGCCGUCGCCUGGGGCCGGGCCUCAUCUCCCUCAGGCUCAGAGACGGCGCCAUUCUGAACAAGGAUAUCGGCGUCAGCCUGGCAAGCGAGUGUCCAAACUUCAAUGAUCUGACCCUGUUUUACUGCCUCACACAAUCGGCUGAGGACAACUCCCCGCAAGACAAUCUCCCAGCAUUUCUCAACGAGCUUCAACCCAACACAUUGCGCAACUUCGAGAUCAUGAGCAAGAGCAGCAUUGGGCAGAAGUCCCUGGCUGCUCUUAGCCGGCAAUCCAAAUCACUCCGAAGUCUGAAAUUCAGCGGUCUCAGCCUAGACGCGCUGCGGGCUCUUGAUCGCCUGACGGAAUGCACGGAACUCGAAUGCUUCGGCCUGGAAAACGACCACUUCGAUAGGACAGACCUUGUAGCGCAGGGGUUGGAGCUCGUCAGCAAGCUCUCUGCGUGGAUUGGCAGAUGCAGCUCGCUGCGAGACUUCCGCAUCGUCCACGGCCAUGAUGCCCUUCACCUAGUCAGGGACCUGCUGUGUACAUCGAACGCGCCUCUCGAGAGUCUGACGCUUCGGCACUUCUCAUUGAUGCCGACCGGCCAGAACCGGUCCAUUUUCGAAGCGCUCGCGCGGCACAAAGAGACGCUGCGCGAGCUUACGAUCGGCCAUUUCUGGGAUCCACAAGACAGUGUGGAAAAAGCACCCGUUUCCUUCCUGCACCCAGAGACCACAGUCAUACUGGACAGCAUCUGCGAGCUGAAGCAGCUCAAGGUCCUGAACCUCCAAGGCGCCUGGGUCGACAGCCUCGACUUUGCCCGGAUCGUCGAGCACCUGCCGCAGCUCGAGGAGCUCCAGAUCAUGUCGUACGAGACCCUGGAGGAUCACGACCUGCUCGCCUUCCACGCCUUUCCGAACCUCAGGUCCCUCAUGAUCGUCACGCCCACGACCUUCUCCCACGAGGCCCUGGUGUCGUUUGUCAAGGGUCUGGACCCCAUCAGGCAGAACGGCAUCCAGAUCGACAUCAUGGCGCAGGACAGAGAGAACGCGCCGUGGCAGGACGUUGACCUGAACGAGCACAUUGCUGCAGUCAACGGCAGCAUAACUCUGGGCUAUGCCAGGAACAUCGACGGUGAUGACGACGACUCCUCCAGCGAUUCUGAUUGAGUUUAUAGAGCAUACACUGAGCUGAUCAGGUCUUUCUGGCUGGUCUGUCAUCCACCGUGAUCACUUAGAGCUCGGCGGGGCAGAACAUAGUCUCGGGCGCACACGCCGUG